AUGAGCGAGGACGAUGAUUUCGCGAGGGCAAUUGCCUUGAGCCUCCAAGAGCAAGGCGCUGCAAGUCAACCGAUAGUUAUUGAGAGCGACGACGAAGCGGAAGAGGCUGGUGAUCAGGUCGACGACGACAAGCGGUUCGAGAGAGACUUGAAACGCGCACUAGAAGCCAGCAAGGCAGAAUCAUCAAGACGACCAGAAGCGGUGGAAGUGUCGCCAGAACCUAGUCCUACGCCGCCCGUAGUACAGGGUGGGUCGGCUUUGCCUGCGUUUCUGUCGGAAAGAGCACAGAUGGAAAAGGAGAGAAGAGAGAGGCAGAUGAAGCGGCGGCGGGAGGCCGGCCUGGACGUGGAGGACGAGCUCAAGAAACGACAAGAACGCACCGAAUCCGAUGAUAGCGAUGGAGGGAUGGAGCCACCUACUAAGAGGCAACACCUUUCCUCCUCAUCCUCCUUCCGUAAUCAUGCCAACGCGCGCUCUACGAAUAGUUCUACCACGAAUUCGUCAAGUACGCGGGAACCAGCCCUGAUUGACCAAAUGUUCUGGGACGGAGAAUUCAGGCCUACGAUGAAUCAAUAUGCGUUAAAGACUGAUACGAGAAAGAAGUUUACAUUGACCGAGGCCAUUGGACACAAAGGCGACCUUUCAUUCGCUAUCAUUGCCUCAUAUGUGGCAUCGGUUGCAUGGAUCUAUGAGUUCUUCGACCCAUCUGUUCCGGUAAUCUUCGUUACCCAACCUGAUCCUUCAGGGAAUGCUGGCAUAAAAAGUAUACUGCCUAAUUGGAUAAAGGCGGUCCCCUUUCUGAGGAAUGGAUAUGGUUGCAUGCAUAUGAAGGCAAUGUUUCCCCAGCUAUUCUACAAGACGGGCCGACUGCGGGUAAUGGUAUCCACAGCAAAUCUGAUUGAUUACGAUUAUAGGGACAUCGAAAAUGUCAGUUGGCUACCACUGGCAUUAUGGAUUCAAGAUAUUCCACGAUUACCUACACCACGGAAGGCUAAGAAAACGGCGAAUCCCGAUGACUUCCCUUCUAUGUUUACGCGGGUUCUGAAGGCACUUAAUGUCCCACCCGCACUGACCACGUUUCUUCAGACAGAUCAUCCAAGCCUUCCUUUACAAUCCUUGGACGACCUGUGUACCCAUUGGGAUUGGUCGAAGGUAAAUGUGCUUCUCGUACCAUCCAUUGCCGGUAAACAUGAAGGUUGGCCGCAAGUCAUACGCACAGGGCAUCCCCGCUUGAUGAUGGCCGUAAGGAAGCUGGGUCUCUCGAAGAGGAGUUCAGGCAUGACGCUAGAAUGCCAAGGAUCGAGCAUAGGGCAUUACACCACCCAGUGGGUUAAUGAGUUUUACCUUUCUUCGACUGGCCAAUCGACAGAGAAGUGGCUGGAUCAGACGAAGCGGAAACGUGAAACUCUGCCCUACCCGCCUAUCAAGAUCAUAUUUCCUUCGCUGAAGACUGUACGAGCUACAGUUAUGGGUGAAAGGGGUGGUGGUACCAUGUUUUGCUCACGGAAAAGCUGGGAGGCUCCCAACUUCCCAAGGAAGCUAUUCCAUGAUUCCAACAGCAAAGCCGGAGGCGUGCUCAUGCAUACGAAGAUGAUUAUAGGCCUGGUGAAACCCGCUUCGCAGUCUAGCCAUGCCAGUUCUUCCAGCCCACAAAAGCAAACAAGUCGGCGAGAGGAGGACGACUUUGGCUCCGCGGAAGAAGAUUCUGACGAAGUGCAAGUUGUUCAGGGUCAUGAAGAAGCUAUAGGCUGGGCUUAUGUCGGGUCACAUAACUUCACUCCCUCGGCGUGGGGUACGUUAUCGGGGUCUAGUUUUACGCCAGUACUCAACAUCAAGAACUACGAAUUAGGGAUUGUAUUUCCCUUGAAGGAUGAAGCGGAGGUCGAGAGGGUGGCAUGUUGGCAACGACCCCCGCGGAAGUAUGUUCCUGGUGACGAUCGACCAUGGAUGCAGCAAGAGUCCGAGUACUUCCAGCAGAAUGAGUAA